UUUCCAAAGUUGGGUGCCGACAGAAAACAUCAGGUUUUCGCUACACCUUUUUUCCAUGCACUGCUUUACUGACCGUCUAAGACGAUUAGUCUUUGCGUAAGAUGAUUUAACCUUGCUGAUUUCCUUUGCUCUUGCUGCUAUCCCCUGGCUCUAUCCCAAGCGCUAGAUUAACCCCUCCUGCUGCUGACCACUGCCAUAGGAUGAACCCUAGAGAGCUAGACCCCAGCGAGUCCCCAAUGUUUCUAACUCCCUCCUCACCAACAGACGUCUCCUUACACCGCCUGUAUGUCUCCUCUCACCCUCCUACAAGACUCUCUCCCUGUCCCCAGCGCCUGUCCUCCACGUUCCCGACUCAUCCCUCUCCAUCCCCACAGCACCUCUCCCCUUCCUCCUCCUCAGUCUCCCCCGCUCAUGGGUCCUCGAGUCCCGUUCUUGCCCCGUCACGUUCACCCACGUGCUGCUCUCCAUCCUUCUCGCCUGUGUCCUCAUGCUCUCCUACACGUGCAUCCUCUUGCCCGUCUCCCACGCCCUCUCCAUCUCCUGCAGUACAGCUUUCCCCUUGCUCUCCGCCACUCCGAUCAUCGCCCCCUGCGCAAACAUGCUCCCGAGUGUUUGUCUCCCGUUCCCCUACUAGACUGUCUCCGCAGCCCAUGCCACUCUCUUCUCCCAUUGUCCUGAAAAGGCCCAUCCACAUCUCCUCAUUCAGUGACAGUGGAAGUCCGCUGGAGCCUCCAAACUGUGCUUUGCCUUGCAGAAAAUCAGUAUCCGUUUCUGAUAUGGAGUAUUCCGGGCACUCUGCCCCAGUGGAUCCAUCUUUGAGUUCAUCUGAACCAGUGUCGACCAAAAUUCUUCUCCAAUCCGGAACAGAUAAUGAAUACCUCAUUCACGAUAACAAGCCAUGCCACUCCUUCGUUAAGCAGGAUGACAAAUGGCAAAUGAACAGUAAUGGGUCUGGAUUGACAGCCACACCAACCAGUGACAGGCGGGCUAAAUCAAUCCCUAUCUCCAUCUCCAAGAUUCAGCAAACGCAAACGAGGCAAAGACAGCUGCACUUACCUAGGUAUCAGGACCCAGGCAUACAUCAUAAAAAUUAUAUUUUGGCAAACAAAUCGACUGAAGGAUGCAACGCCGCUAAGAAAGAGACCAUAAGUCCCCAGAACCUGAGACACAUAGGAAGAGGACCACAGAACCUUGCAUUCUAUAAAAGAAAACAUCUAACCCAGGACCCAGUCUUAAUUCAAGCCCGGCUAGGCUUAAACAAAACAGGGAGGACUGUGAACUCAAGGCCUUUCUGCAACAAGUCAAAGACAAACAUAAAUCAAGGACUUGUAAAGACUCAGAAAGACGGGGAUGGCGCAGCUGCACUGCCCAAAAAGUGUGUGGAGGGAAUUAAUAACAGUUUUCAGAACCGUCCAGCAUCUCAAAGACUUUUAAAAGGAUCUGUGAAAAAUCUACCUGCCGAUGUUCUUAAAUCAGUACAUAUAUCUUCUUCAUCCUUAUCAACUAAAGAUCUGGAAGAGUUCAUGUUUACUAGUUUAAAAAAGGAAGAUGACAAAAAUUCACCAAAACAAUCCAGAACAGUGGUUCCCUUGUCUAAAUGUAACAGCAAGCCUCAGUUCACAGCUUCAGACACAGGUUCAGGCAUCAGUACAGCGAAUCAAUCCAGUCGCAGGGAUUUCUUUCAGUUCCGUUUGAUGAGCGAUGGAUCAUCUGCUGGAGCCAGGUGGUUGGGCAGAACAUGCAGACCUGAAGCUGACACCAACAGCACAGGAUCUAAUUAUACAUACCCACCCAGACAACUCAAGGGGAUGGACCACUUCCCUUUGAAGAGCAGAAUCUGCAAACAUGUGCUCAGAGAAGCGGGCAGUUUGUCUGACAGUGGGCUCAUAUAUUCAACAUCUGCUCAGGCAUGGAACAAAGAGUCCUCCACUGAACAAUUAGGGAGGAGAGUAGAUCAACAGAAGAAUGAGUCCAAGGCAUCACAAAAGAGCAGCAGUGGUUCCGAUACAGAUUCCUCCAAGUCUGAUUCAAGUAAAACGAGCUUCCAAGAAGGUGACAUACAUUCUAGAGGACAGAAACGUUUACAGGUGCGGAGAAAGCAAGGUAUAGCUUGUAGCACACAGUCCACUGGCAUGCAAAAUGCCAGGGAUCAGAGGAAUGGUAAAGUGAUUCAACUAGACUGCAGUGAUCUCUUUCCAACCCACUUCCCACAUGACCCAUACACAAAUCCCAGCCUGCAGGCACACACCGAUAGGCUGAAAUGUCCCAUGGAUGCAUGGACAUCCCGACUGCCAUUCUCUUUAGUUCCUCAGCAACAGUCAUGCUGUCUAUCCAGAGCUGACAGUGGAACAGACAAAGCAUAUGAACAGUCAUCAGAAGAAGAGGAGACUAAAGACAGUUUAAAAGCUGAAAAAAACUAUUUCUCUCAGUUAGACCAACAGGAGGACUCCCUACAGUGGAAGCCAUCUGUUUCCGAGGAGAUCGAAAGUGAACUUGAGAUAAUGCCACAUUCUCAUAUAUAUGCAUCUGUCGCCAUGUCUGAAAUCGUGCCUCCGGAAGUCAGACCCAAACCUGCUGUCCCAGCCAAGCCCACCCACGUGGUACCAUCCGCCAAUGUUCCCCAUGUCCAUGGAUCAGGAGCGGCAGGUCAAGGGUCAGGAGGAGGUUCCACUUUGCUAGGAUACGUCGGAAUAGACACCAUCAUUGAACAGAUGAGGAAGAAGACCAUGAAGACAGGCUUUGAUUUCAACAUCAUGGUUGUUGGUCAGAGUGGCUUGGGGAAGUCCACUCUCAUCAAUACUUUGUUUAAAUCUCAGGUGAGCAGGCGAAGCUCUGGGUGGAGUCGUGACGAGAAGAUCCCCAAAACUGUGGAGAUAAAAUCUGUAUCUCAUGUGAUUGAGGAAGGCGGUGUGAAGAUGAAACUUACAGUGAUUGACACUCCAGGAUUUGGCGACCAGAUCAACAAUGAAAACUGCUGGGAGCCCAUCUCUAAAUAUAUCAAUGAGCAGUAUGAGAAGUUUCUCAAAGAGGAAGUGAAUAUAGCCCGUAAGAAACGUAUCCCGGACACGCGGGUGCACUGCUGCCUCUACUUCAUAUCUCCCACUGGACACUCACUACGCCAGUUGGACAUCGAGUUUAUGAAACACUUGAGUCGAACAGUCAACAUUAUCCCUGUUAUUGCCAAAGCAGACACUCUCACACUUGACGAGAAGACUGAGUUUAAACAGAAGGUGAGGAAGGAGCUGGAGGUGUGUGGGAUUGAGUUUUAUCCGCAGAAGGAGUUUGAUGAAGACCAGGAAGACAAGAGUGAUAACGAUAAGAUCAGGGAGACCAUGCCCUUUGCUGUUGUUGGAAGUGACAAAGAGUACCAAGUCAACGGCAAACGGGUUCUCGGGAGGAAGACUGCCUGGGGAAUUGUGGAAGUUGAGAACCCAAAUCACUGCGAAUUCUCUUUAAUGCGGGACUUUCUGAUCAGGUCUCACCUACAGGACCUGAAGGAGGUCACCCAUAACAUCCACUAUGAGACAUACCGUGCCAAGAGGCUCAAUGACAACGGUGGACUCCAUCCUGUCUCCUCCAGCAAUGACACUCAGGAAAGUAACCUGUGAAACAGGGAAAGGAGAGAGAGAGAGAGAGAGAGAGAGAGAGAGAGAGAGAGAGAGAGAGAGAGAGAGACUGGGAGAGAG